AUCCGCAUUUGCGUAUUCGUCCCUUCGCAAUAAAAGCGGUUGGAAAUUGGAAUCAGCUGACGUAAUAUUAUCUAGAGUCACGUGCGUCACAGCGUGUAACUAAGAGAUCUCUGUACACUGUACGACUACGUAGUGGUACCGUGGUACGGCUGUGGGCUGCAUCGUCUGCGGCCAAAUAAAUCAUUCAUUGCUGACGGUUGGUAAUUUUUUUUUGUAAUUUACCAAUAACUAAACCUUGGCUAUGACGUCGUCAACUAGAGAAAAUUUCCAAUUGGCGCUUAACUUCGUCCCUAAAAGUUAUUUAACUCAAGCCAUCCAAGCUUCACAACACUCGGCCAAACAAAUAAAUCUUCUACUUCGACAGGGUAAAUUUCCUGAGAGUGGUUGGAGUGAUGUUUUAAUUGAAGAAUUCCUCCAACAAAUCUCAACUCUUGAUUCCAAUAACUUCCCUCAUAAUGUUGGAGUGGGGGAGCGGGAGGCAAGAAUAUUCUCAAGCCUAGUCAAAGCUCGUCACUGGGGCUUGGGUCAUGGCAUUGGGCGAUCAGGAGACUUGUGUGCUAGUCAACCCAAGGCUGUGGGUAGCAGCCUGCUGUAUAACCUUACCACCAGCAUGGUUAAGGAUGCCAUUAAAGCUGCUGGUGUUCCUGGUGCUGUUGAUGUGGUGGUGCUGCCAUGUGCUACGGGAGCUGCACUGAUGCUCUGCCUGUCAUCCCUGGCUGAGGUGCGCCCUGGUUCUGACUUGGUGGUGUGGCUGCGAUGUGAUCAGCGCUCUUGCUUCAAGGCUAUCUAUUCUGCUGGGCUGAAACCUGUGGUGGUUGACGGCAUGUUGUCCGGUGACGAAGUAGUGAGCGAUGUGGCGUGUGUUGAAGCCCUGCUGUCAGGUUCUGAAUGUAAAAAAAUAAGAGCCGUCGUCACCACGACCAGCUGCUUUGCUCCUCGAGCUCCUGACGACAUCGAGAAUAUUGCUGUGCUCUGCAAGCAGCAUGAUGUCCCUCAUGUCAUCAACAAUGCUUAUGGUCUGCAGAGUACAAAACUCAUGCAUAGAAUCAAAGAGUCUGCAAGAAUUGGUCGUGUUGAUAUUGUUAUUCAAAGCACAGACAAAAACUUCAUGGUGCCUGUUGGUGGUGCCUUAGCUUUUACCUUCGAUGAAGCCACUGCCAAGAGGAUAUCUGGUGCAUAUCCUGGCCGAGCGUCAAUAUCUCCCAUCAUGGAUCUGUUCAUGACGUUGCUGUCGAUGGGCAAGGAGCGCUUCCUGGAGCUGCGGAAGGAGCGAAAUGAUCUUAAGAAACUUUUGGACUUGGAGCUUCAAGCGCUUGCUGAGCGACACUCCAUUCGGACCUUGGCAGCUCCAAACAACCCCAUCAGCACUGGCGUGGCACUGCCUGAAGGUACUGCCCCAAAGUCCGCCACGGCGCUGGGAGCGAUGCUCUUCACACGCGGCGUGUCGGGAGCGCGUGUUGUGACGCCCGGCAAGUCGUCGUCCAUUGGCAAAACUCACUUCGUAGGCUGGGGUAGCCACCACAAAAGUUACCCUGUCUCGUACCUGACCGCAUCAGCCAGUAUCGGCAUGACGCGCAGUGACGUCAUCGGUUUCAUCGCAUGUCUCGACCGCUGUCUCACUGAGUGGAGACGAAAAGAACCUGUCCCCAACUCGCUUACAGUGCAACAAAAUGGCAAUGCUGAUGCCAAUGAAAAUUCAGAUCAAGUGCACUCGUUGAUAAAUAAUAAACACUGUAUCCAAGAUAAAGAAAAUUCAAACGGAUUGACUAGUGAAGAAUAAGUGAUGGAAUAAUUUACGUCCAGAUAAACCCAUCCUGUGUGUUGAUUGCUGAAAAAUGUUUUAUGUUGAUUUAGUUCUUAUUCACAUGUUUGCGUUAUUGCUUUUCGUAAUUUCCACGAAAGGAGAGUGAACCAUUAUUCAAGUUCUUUAGUAAUAAAUUGUGGCACAAUAUUUGCUUCUUAAUUGUCUCGGUUUGAUUUGUCUUCUAUUGAAAACCUCAAAUUGCCCAAAAUCCCGCACUAUUCACUUUCGUUUUCUCAACUUUAUAGGUAGGCUUUUAUGGAGCCGAGCCUUGAACUGUGUCGUCCACUUAUCGCAAUUGAGGCAGGUUGCAGCUUUGAAUUAAGUGUGCUUCCUUAUUGCCCCUUUAUCUUAUGAUUUUUUUUGAUGCAUUCCUUUGGAUUGGAUUACAUUGUUUCUAUUGAAGAUGUAAUUAAUGUUGGCGUUAAAACUAACAGCAAAUUUUAAUAUUUUGCAGAAAGCUCUUUGAUUGAAUUCUUCUUUUUUGGUAACAUUAAAAAAUGCUGUGGUUUGAGUUAUUUCAUAUCCACGUUAUUUGAUGCCUCAAAUUUUCCAGAGAUUUUCUCUUUUAGGUUACGUACUAUUUUCUGUAUGUUGCAAGCUAUGGCUAUUACAGAUUGACUCGAAUUACUUUUUUUAGAAGGCCACGUAGAUGUUUUUUUGUACAUUAGAUUCUUUGACGCCAAUGAUACCAACAUCGUAUUUUAACGGGUCCUUAAAUAUCACAAUUUAUUUCGAGCUCAUGAAUUCUACUUACUUUUGCCACUAAUUUUUAGAGAUAUUUUUCCUACAUUUUUCAUGCAAUUUUCUCAUGUUUUUUGUCUGUUUUCCUUACACUUUUAAUGCAUUGUUCCUGAAGCAUUUAAAAAACUACUGAAAAAUCUGCAUUCAUUUGAUGAACAUUUAUCAUGCAUUUCUUAUUACUUUUAACACAUUUGUUCACUUUGAUGACCUUUUAUUUUUUUCGCAUAUUAACUAUAUUAAGUUAGAUUGUUUUCCUAUAAUCACACCGUACGUUUGCGUCUGGGGUUUGGUGUUGGAAAUGUAAUAGAGGGUUAUUCCAGCGCCUUAUUCCCACACCAGGAUAUGAAAAUUUGCUGGAACCAAGUUAAGGGGCAUAGACACUUAAGAAAUGGCUGAAAAGUAGGCAUCUAAUUUGAAAUUCCAACUGUUCUUUGUUCUCCUCAUGGUUGAAUUAAUAUAGUAUUAUUUCAACCAUGGUUCUACUUUCAUGCAUGUGACAUUGAAUAGUACCCGGAGGCUGGUUCAGGAUUAUUUAUCCCAUACAAUCUCCGUCAACCUGUAAGUUAUUCAUUUGCUGACCUCGCAUGUAUUUUUUUACACAGUUACCAAAGAAUAAAAAUCAUGAAUUUUCUCCGAAAGUGUUAACCUUUACUGUGAAUGAAGAAAAGUUUGUAAUUUUACGUAUGAAGGUGUAAAUGUAUUCUCAAACUAAGUGACCUUAAAGUAUUAGGAAUGUCUGAAUAUAUGCACAUGAAAAGUAUUAGAAAUUUUUCAAUCGGCUUCUGACAGUCUGGGAAAGUCCGCGGUAACCAAGGACAUGUUCUGAGGUAUGAAUCCAAUAAAUAUUGUUCACCUCAAA